AUGACUAUAUAUAUCUGCAAAAGUCUCAUCUCUCUCUCUCUCAACAACUCUUCACACCUCAACAAAACUCGAAUCCCUCUUCUCUCUCUCCUCUUCUUCUCUUCGUCUCCAAAACCCCCCAUUCCGGUGGCCGAUUACUUGCUUGACAGACACAAAUUUUCUCCUGAAACUGCUUCGAAAGUCUCCUCCGUCGUGACGUAUGUGAAAAGGCCUGAAGACACCGAUUCGAUUCUUUCAUUUCUCAAGGAAAGUGGUUUUUCGGAUUCCCAUCUCGAGCUUGUCAUCAAACGCAUGCCUAAAGUUCUCUCUGCAAAUCUUGAGCGCACCAUCAAACCCAAAUUCAAGUUUUUUCAGGACUUGGGUUUUUCUUCUACCGAUGUUGUGAAAAUUGUUUCGUCUAACCCACAGAUUCUGCUUUGUAGCGUUGAUAAUCAGCUUGGCCCGUCGAUUUUAGCAUUGAAGAGUGUUUUGGGUUCGAAUAUGGAUGAUGUGUCUAGGGUUUUAAAGAGAUAUGGGGGGUUUUUGAGGAAUGAUUUGACGAAAACUAUGAUACCCAAUAUUGAAUUUAUGAAGAGUUGUGGUAUUAGUUCGUCGCAAAUAACUCGAUGUGUCUAUAAUUUCCCAAGACUUUUCUUGUAUAAACCAACGCGUAUUAGAGAAUAUGUCAAGAGGGUUGAUGAUAAGGGCUUUGACAGGAAGUCUAAGAUGUUUCUUGAAGCGGUUCGGGUUGUUAGUUCGAUGAAAAUAGAGAAUUGGGAGCUAAAAUUGGAGCUCUUUAAGAGUCUGGGGCUUUCGGAAGAUGACAUUUUGUCAGUUUUUAGGAGACAGCCUCAGGUGUUUGCUGUGUCCGAGAGGAAAAUUAAGGCUAUAACACAGCUUUUCCUUAGCACAGGCAAAUAUGAUAUCUCAGUUGUUGUUAAUCACCCAGAGUUUUUAGUUUACAGUGUUGAGAGUAGGCUUAAGCCACGGCUAAGAGUUAUGGAGGCUUUGGAAAGGAGGAAUUUGCUUCUGAAAAAGCCUAGUUUGACGACUCAAUUUAUCAUCAGUAAUAAGAAGUUCUUUGAGAGAUAUGUACUGCCUUAUUCAGAUGAAGUUGGCGAAUUAUUCGUGGUUAACAAGGCCUCAUUGACAGCAGAAAUAUCUGCUUAA